UGUGCGGAUUGGACGCACGGACUGCGCGUUUGCUGCUAAAAUGCCUGCACUUGCCUUUAGCCUUUAGCGUGUUUUUAUUAACUUUUCCUGUCAGUUUGUGCGUAUUUACGGUGUAACUAUGGAGUACUGGAGACAAUGCACGCUGUGGCUGAUCAGCUGCAAGGUACUGCCGCCGAACCACCGGGUCACCGCGGACACGGCGCAGGUGUUUGACCUGGCUCAGGCGCUCCGGGACGGGGUACUGCUCUGCCAACUCCUCAACAACCUCCGGCCCAACUCCAUCAACCUCAAGGACAUCAACCUGCGCCCGCAAAUGUCUCAGUUCCUGUGCCAGAAGAACAUCCGCACCUUCUUGACCUGCUGCUGUGAAAUCUUUGGGAUGAAGAAAUGUGACCUGUUUGAUGCAUUUGACCUUUUCGAUGUUCGAGACUUUGGAAAGGUUAUGGACACUCUUUCAAAACUGUCCUACACUGCCAUUGCACAACAUAAAGGAUUCAAACCUUUUCCCACUGAGGAAAGCCUAAAAGAUGAGGACAUUUACAACAAUCUGGAGGACAUGAUUGAUGAGAAUGUCCCAGAGGAUGAAGAUGACCUGUACUCAGCGGUCUAUAACCUUGAGGAAGACUACGCAGGAGAAGAAAUCUAUGAAGAUCUCAUGAGGACUGAUCUGCAGCCUCCUCUGGUAGAAGUGGAUGUGCGGAGCUGCUGUCUGUCUGAGAUCAAACAGACUGAAGAAAAGUACACAGAAACACUGGAGUCUAUAGAGAAGUAUUUCCUGAAUCCUCUGAGAAGAUUCUUUACUCCAAAUGAGAUGGACAAAAUUUUCCUGAACAUUCCUGACCUGGUUAGACUACACAAGAGCCUGGUGGUUGAAGUUCAAGAUUCAAUACUCUUCAAAAAUGCCUUAAAUCUCUAUGAGAUUUUCAUCAGCUACAAAGAAAGGCUGCUCAUAUACGGGAUCUACUGCAGUCGAGUGGAGAUCGCGAUUGCUGCGUUGGACCUGAUCUGCAAAGAGAAAGAAGACAUCCGCUUGAAACUGGAGGAAUGUGCCAAAAGGGCCAACAAUGGGAAGUUCACAUUGAGAGAUUUAUUGGUGGUGCCGAUGCAAAGAGUUUUAAAAUACCAUCUUCUUCUGCAGGAGCUUGUCAAACACACUUAUGACGCAUCUGAAAAGAACAACUUGAAAAUGGCUUUGGAUGCCAUGAAAGACCUGGCUCAGUAUGUGAACGAAGUGAAGAGAGACAAUGAGACUUUGAGGGAGAUCGACCAGUACCAGAGAUGUAUCGAGAAUUUGAACCAGCCUCUCAUCACAUAUGGUCGCCCCAAAGGAGACGGGGAGGUACGGCUGGUCUCAAGUGUGGACAAGAGAAGACAGGACAGGCAUAUUUUCUUAUUCGACAUAGCAGUAAUAAUCUGCAAAAGAAGAGGGUACAACUAUGAGAUGAAGGACAUCCUGGAUCUGAACUGCUACAAGGUCACAAACAACCCCUCGUCUGACAGAGAGGGGAAAAAGUGGUGCUACGGGUUCUACGUCACCCAUCAGCAGGGCCACACAGGCUUCGAGCUUUUCUUCAAAACCAAAGAACUGAAGAAGAAGUGGCUGGACCAGUUUGAGAUGGCCAUAUCAAAUAUCCGACCGGAGAAAGCCAACCACAACCAGCACCACUUUAAAAUGCACACUUUUGAAGGGAUCGUGUCCUGCAGCUUCUGUCACCUGCUGCUCAGGGGCAUCUUUAACCAGGGCUAUCUGUGUCUCAAGUGUGGAGUGGGGGUGCACAAGGAGUGUCUGGGACAACUGGGGCUGUGCAGGAGAACAGACUGCGCCAAGACUCGGGCCAAGGAAAUUGCCAGUCCUCUGGAUCCAGGUUUGCCCCGGAUGGUGGUGAUCAGAGACUACACCGGAGUGCCCUUUCCCCAGUCCGGCCCUCCUCUGAGCGUCCACAUCGGAGACGUGAUUGAAGUCAUGUUUGCAGAUCUGCACAGCUCCUGGUGGCAGGGGAAAAUCCUGGCAACAAGCAGGAUUGGCUUCUUUCCCAGUGAUGCUGUAAGGCCCUGCCCCUGUGUUCCAAAACCAUCUGAAUACUCUGGGCAACCGUGGUUUGCAGGGCCAAUGGACAGGUCCCAGGCUGAAGAGGAGCUGCAGGAGAGAGACCACGGAACCUACCUGAUCCGAAACAGGAGCAAAGAGUGCACUGAAUAUGCCAUCAGCAUCAAGUUCACUGAUAAAGUCAAGCACAUCAAGAUCCUGACCAAAGAUAGCUGCUUUUACGUCGCAGAGGCCCGGCUCUUCAGGACUGUACUGGAGCUGGUGGAGUAUUACAGACAGCACUCUCUGAAGGAGGGCUUCAGCAGUCUGGACACCACUCUGCUCGUCGCCUAUAGGGAGCUGUCCAAUGGAAACAUGCCCAGGGCCAUUACCAAGGCUGCCACCGUUCCUCCAGACUUCUGCAGCUUCGUUCCUCCAGCGUCGUCGCCAUUUUGGUCAGUGUUCUGUCCUCGCGUGGUGGGCAUCGCUGUGGCUCGAUACAACUUCUGCUCCAGAGACAUUCGGGAGCUGUCUCUGCUUCAAGGAGACUACAUCAAAAUAUUCACCAAAAUGUCCAACGGCUGGUGGAAGGGAGAGGUGGACGGGCGGGUGGGCUGGUUUCCAUCGACCUACGUAGAAGAGGAGGACUGACAUACAUCCCUUCACUUUCACUUUUAUUUUUAAGAAAACUGAACUGUCCGACUCAACUCAAGUGAACACAUCGAUGUCCUCGGGAAACUUGCGCUGCCCUCUGUCAAAGUUUGGAUGUCCGAUCACAGAGUACCAGCCUGCAUUUUGGUCUCUCUGGCCUGACCUGCACUCCCAGCCUGGCCCCCGCGGCAUUAUGGGAAGUGCACCCUGCCCGCCCCCUCCCUCCCCCCUCUGUCCCGCGCUCACCUUGUCCCUUUAUUGAUGUCUCCAUUGGCUGGUGUGAGCGCUGCCUCUGCUGGACUCAGGUUUCCUCAGCGGGAUGGGAGGAUGCUGCUGCUGACUGGACAAUGCUCUCCUGCCUGCGCCGCGUUACACUACAAAGUUUGUAGCCAUUGAACUGCUCUUAAAGGUGCACUGUGUAACUUUUCAGGCGAAGGGUCCGUCAAAUGCUUUUCUUCAUGGAGAUGUUAUUGCUUUGUCUGGAAUGGUUCAUAGUAUUGUAUUAAAUGUUUCUAUAUUUAUGGAGAGCAAUGACCUAUCCAUAGAAACAAGCAGGUGAUGAGCCCCAAUCAAAAAGUUACACAAUGCACCUUUUUUGACCAAAAGCCUUGAUAAAUUGAAUUUCCCUUUUGCAGUGCACCUUUAAGGAAACGAACCGGGCAAGACAAAUGGUAAACUUUUGCUACAGGACUUUAUUCAUUUCUAAAAACAGAAAAUGCAGACAGAAAUAGAAAUAGUGUUUUCAAAAUACAACAAUUUCAAAUACAUUAAGGGAAAUAUUUUAUACUUGAUAUCAAUUUCAGUAUCACAAUGAUGAUAAAAAAAAAACAUUUUUUUUUUUAUGUCAGUCCAACCUUUUCAGACACCACCUUCUUUGUUCCUACUACUUCCACAUUAGAUAU